GAGGGGGCGGCGCCGCGAGCCGGCUCCGGUGGCCUCCCGAGGGAGGAAGAGGAGGACGCGGGCGAGCUCAGAAUGGAAACAGACUGUAAUCCCAUGGAGCUCAGCAGCGUGUCGGGCUUUGAAGACAGCUCCGACCUCAAUGGGUUUGAAGGCGCCGACAUGAAAGACAUGAGGCUGGAGGCUGACGCGGUCGUCAACGACGUCCUCUUUGCUGUCAACAACAUGUUCGUCUCGAAAAGCCUGCGCUGUGCCGACGACGUGGCCUACAUCAACGUGGAGACGAAGGAGAGGAGCAGAUACUGCCUGGAGCUCACUGAGGCAGGGCUUAGGGUGGUAGGGUAUGCUUUUGACCAGGUGGAAGAUCAUUUGCAGACCCCCUACUACGAGACGGUCUACUCCCUGCUGGACACGCUCAGCCCCGCCUACCGGGACGCAUUUGGCAACGCGCUCCUGCAGAGACUGGAAGCCUUGCAGAGGGAUGGACAGUCCUGACGAGGGGCGGCUGGUGCAGGACGCUGCCCAGGAGCGUGAAAGGCGCGCCUAGGGUCAUUGUAGCAGACGCAUCUUUGUUUUGGUGUCUUUAUCACUUGCUUCAAAUUUAGGUGUUUGGCUCAGAACAUUACUGACUAAUGAAUUCUCCAAGCUUCUGAUUGGUUAUAAGAAUUCUGAGGCCAUCGCUACAGAAGACGUCGGGUUUUCUUCAUAUGAUAUCUCGGCACUUCAAAACCUAAUCAGUGUUGCAAUCUGUACGACAGGGCUUUGACGCUGCCAGCGCUCCUAGCGUAGGAGCUUCUAGAUUUGCACAGUAAGGUAGAAAUGCAGUGAUUUAACUUCAGAUUGGAUGCAGCCUGCCGAAUCGGGGGCUUACAACUAGCUUGGACUGACUAUAGUAAUUAUCUUGCUACUGGCCUUAUUGGAAACGAAUAAUCAACUAGUUUUCCCUGCACAAAUUUUGAAAUUCACUGCUUCACUUAAUGUAUUCAUAUUACUAAUAUGGAUGAAUAAAGAGGAAUUGAUUCUGUGUUAUUUAACUAGUAUUAAAGGAAGAACAGGGACUGAGCUAGUUCCGUGUUCCUUGUUUGCAACAGCCAGCCAACUCAGCCAAGGACAGACCGUUCACCAAUGAAUGUAGUAACUUCUCAUCCCCAAGAUAUCUAAGCACAUGAGUGAGUGCGGGAACAGGCCCCAUUCCUUUUCUUAACAGCAAAUAUCUUCCGCGUGUGUGAUUUAGAAGAAAGAAAUUUCUGGUUUCCUAAAAAAAAAAAAAAAAAAACCAAUAUUUUGGCCUGUGUUGGUUCUUAUUCCGAAUGUUUGUUUACACGAUGUACAGUUUAAAUAUUCAGAAAGUAUUUUUGCUUCCACAUUUACUUUGUACAGUGUGCUUUGGUAUUCCUGCACCCCUCCCCCGAUGCACAGUGCUGUCUCUGCUAAAUGGACGAUGUCACAGGAACGCAUUGUAUGGGUUUGAAACCAAAGGACGAAUGGAACAUUCAGAGACUUACAAUUUGAAAAAGGGAUACUCUGUAUUUUCUAUUUUAUUACAGGAACUUGAUAUUUAUACACUCUACCAUGCUGCUGCAUGUUCUCAAGUCCAUGAUUGACAAGGAGCACUGGAGAGUCGUUUUUCUAACAGUGCCCGAAGGCAGCUGCUGUAGGAAUGUCCAGAGCCUGCAUCUCAUCACUUGGUCACGGUGUAGAUCGUGGUGGGCUCAAGAUCAUGUGCACCAGAGCAAGGUGGAGUUCCGUUUGCGUCAUUCGUCAUUGUCAAACGUAAUUGGGAUGCUUUAAUUAUGUUUGAUGAUGCAUGUUCAUUCUCCACGUUAUUUUCAGAUGCUUUGCUGUUUGAGCAAUGAAGUCGAACUUCAGGUUAAACUUUCUCAUGCUUAAUCUCAGGCUAACUGUAAAUGAUAUUUGUAAAUUUUGAAUAAAGUUCUGUUUACUCACUUUAA